AUGAAUUCCACAACGUCAUUAUCAUUGAUCAUUGGCCUCACUGCCUUGUUCUUCUCAGGGGUUCUUCGUCUUUCACCUUGCCAAGCUUCAUCAUCCUCGACUUCCACUCCAAAAACUCUUCUCUUCUCCAUUCUCUCUCCUCCCGUCGAUAAUGCAGCGUAUGGCAAUUUCGUUCCUGCUGUGUCAACUGCUUCGGAAGCACGACGAAGAAGUUAUCGAGUGGCAUGGAUGAGUGGUUUGCACUAUAAGGACUCUCUUGAAAAGAUUUUAAAAAAGAAACGACGAGAGGAUGAGCCAUGGACAUGGAGUGACAAUGAUUUGUUUUUCCACACUCGAACCAAACCAACACUCUUUUCAUUACCACACUUCCUUCAUGAUUGGUUCUUUGAAUCCAAAUUAGGCAAUUCUCAAAAAGGUAAUUCUACAUUCGAUGCAACGGCAAACACAGAAAUUCCUGCAGUAAUUCCAAAAUUGUUAGGCACACGAUUUGUUGGAGAUUUGUAA